AUGAGCUCCUAUUUUGUCAACCCUCUUUUCUCUAAGUACAAAGGCGGCGAGUCCCUGGAGCCAACUUACUACGACUGCAGGUUCCCACAAAGCGUUGCCCGCAGCCACACGCUCGUUUACGGACCCGGAGCGGCCGCGCCGGGCUUCCAGCACCCGUCCCACCAUGUGCAGGACUUUUUUCACCACGGCACCACGGGCAUCUCCAACCCGGGCUACCAGCAGAACCCGUGCGCCUUGGCGUGCCACGGCGACGCCGGCAAAUUUUACGGCUACGAAGCCCUGCCCCGGCAAACGCUGUACGGCAGCCAGCAAGAGACGAGUCUGGCGCAGUACCCGGAUUGUAAAUCGUCGGCAGGCUCGAACCCUGGAGAAGGACAAGGCCACUUAAAUCAAAGUUCAUCUCCCAGCCUUAUGUUCCCAUGGAUGAGACCCCACGCUCCAGGACGACGCAAUGGCAGACAAACCUACAGCCGAUACCAAACUCUGGAACUGGAGAAAGAGUUCCUCUUCAACCCUUACCUGACCCGCAAAAGGAGAAUCGAGGUGUCGCACGCCCUCAGCCUGACCGAGCGACAGGUGAAGAUCUGGUUCCAGAACCGGCGAAUGAAGUGGAAAAAGGAGAACAACAAGGACAAGUUUCCGGGUCAGAGGGGAGAGGCCGAGGCCGAGGAAGAGGGCAACGAGGACGGUGAAGGGGAAGAGGGGGAAGAGAAGGAAACCGAAGAGCGAGAGGAGAGCAAGGAGUGA